AGCUGUCCGGAUAAACGAGAACAUAUUGUAAACACGAUAGCUCGUAAGUGCAGUGCAAAGCAUUAUUUUCGAUUCGCUGUGAAAGAUUAACAACUUAUUACUGCAUAAUGGAGGAAAUAUUAAACGAUUCUGUCGUUGCUGUUGAAUUGGAGAAAUUCGAAAAAAAGUACAACCAAGAGCGAAUGGAAGGUGCCGUCUCGACCACAACACAGUUCGAAUAUGCGUACUGCAUGGUACGGAGUGACUUUGCCAGCGAUAUGAAAACGGGACUGGUGCUGCUGGAGGACUUGUUCGUCAGACAUCCGGAAGGGCGUCGCGAUUAUCUGUACUACAUGGCAAUCGGGCACACGCGGCUAAAGGAGUACUCGGAAGCGUUGAAACACGCACAAGCAUUCUUGGAAAUUGAACCAAACAAUCAGCAAGUGAUAGCGCUGGAGGAGUUGAUCAAGAAACGCAUGGACGUCGAAGGGCUGAAGGGUGUUGCUAAAGCGACCGGUGCGGUACUCGUAUUCGGUGGCAUUGUAGGCUUAGGAUUGGCGCUGCUGAAGAAAUGAAAAUCACCACGCUAAGCCCCGAAGCCGAUACCUUUUUGGCGGGGGGGCUGGUAGGGCUUUUCUUUUUCCAACCAAUGGCAGAGUUUUGAGUUGCGAUAUAGGAAUACGGUAAGGUUUUUCGGAACCAUCUUAGAUUUUAGCAUCCUUCUAUAGAUUAUUUCACAGUAUCGAAUUUUUAUUGCAUUGAAUCUAUAGGCACUAAACGAAUUGUUGCUAUAUUUUUUUUUCUCUCAACACACUCUGCUAGUGUCCAUUUCUACGUAAAAUUGAAUCCUAGAUCCUAAAAUUACCUAAACCCGCGCUAGUUUUGGAGCAAAACAACAACAAAAUGCGAUCUUUAUUGCGUAUUUCAAAUGGAACUUUCAACCUAGUUAAACAGUUUUCCAACAUUUUAAAAAUUGGUUCCUAGUUGUUUUGAGCCUCUCUUUGUAGUGAUCGGUUUUAUUUUUCUUUUUAAACUA